UUCAUGAUUAACAAUACAAUCCGAAAUGAAUCAAAGUGUCUGCCAAGCGAGAAAAAUACACGAUUUAAUAAAUUAAGUAUUGAAAAAUUAGAUCUUAAAGAAAAACGUGUUUUGAUAAGAGUGGACUUUAAUGUGCCUUUAAAAGAUGGUAAAGUAGCAAGUAAUCAGAGAAUCGUGUCAUCUUUGGAUAGUAUUAAAUACGCUUUAGACAAGCAAGCAAAAUCUGUAGUUUUAAUGUCUCAUUUGGGCAGACCAAAUGGUCAUAAGAAUGCAAAAUUUUCAUUGAAACCAGUGGCAGAUGAAUUGAAGAAGUUAUUAAAGAAAGAUAUACAAUUCUUGACAGAUUGUGUCGGAUCUGAAGUAGAAAAUAUAUGUAAAAAUCCACCUAAAGGUAGUGUAAUUUUGUUAGAAAAUCUUCGAUUUCAUGCUGAAGAAGAAGGUAAGGGCAUUGAUGCUAAUGGCACUAAAAUAAAGCCCGAUAAAAGUAAAGUCAAGGAAUUUCGCAAAAGUUUAGCCCAACUGGCAGACGUUUAUGUUAACGAUGCAUUUGGUACAGCCCAUAGAGCACAUAGUUCAAUGAUGGGUGAAGGCUAUAAAUAUAGAGCUGCUGGUUUUUUACUAAAUAAGGAAUUGCUAUAUUUCUCACAGGCUUUACACAAUCCGGCGAAACCUUUUUUGGCCAUACUAGGUGGUGCUAAGGUAUCCGAUAAACUGCCCCUAAUCGAAAGUAUGCUAAAUAAAGUAGAUGAAUUGAUUAUAGCAGGUGGAAUGGCAUUUACAUUCCUUAAAGUUAUAUGUGAUAUGAAUAUUGGCAAGUCUAUAUUUGACUCCAAAGGCUCGGAAUUAGUAUUGGGUAUAAUGGAAAAAGCAUGCGAAAAAAAUGUUCAAAUCCACUUACCAACAGAUUUCAUUUGUGGUAUCAAAAUUGAUAACAAUACUGAUGUUAGCAAUGCUACAGUUCAGUCGGGCAUACCAGAUGGCUAUAUGGGCUUGGAUAUUGGAACUGAAUCAAGAGAAUCAUUUGCAUGCAUCAUAUAUAGAGCAAAGUUAAUUGUUUGGAAUGGCCCUCCUGGUGUGUUUGAAACUGAAAAAUUUUCGGAUGGUUCUAAAGCAAUUAUGGACGCUGUAGUUAAAACUACCAAGAAUGGAGCCAUUUCGAUAAUUGGAGGUGGUGAUACUGCCGCUUGUUGUAAAAAAUUCAACGCCGUAAGCAAAGUAUCACAUGUAUCGACAGGUGGCGGGGCUUCACUUGAGCUUUUAGAAGGAAAACGGCUACCAGGUGUAGAAGCAUUAAGUAAUGCUUGAAAAUCAAUUAAUGAUAUUUUUUAUUAAA